AAAAGAAGAGUUGCUGAGGUUUGAGAAUAGAAAAGUAAAGACAGGUCAAGUGUACAGGUUAAUGCAGUGAUGACUUUGGGAAGUUAUGAGGGAACUAACGAAACAUGAACUGCAUGGCACCAAGCUUCCAAAUCUUCCUCUGAGCCAGAGUUUUAUGAUAUGAUUAAGUCAGCCUCCAGCCUCACUCUCCUCUGUGGAGGCUGCACUGGCACAAAGCUCCAACCCUCAUCACAUGGUUGGUCUUCAGUGACUAGCCUCCAUCCAUGCUGAAGCGAUCUGGGAACCCACCUAGAGUUGCCUCAUUAACAUAACAAAGAUGCUUAUGUCUUUGGAAAUUCCAAAGGUUGUUGAUGCUUUGUUCCUGGAACAGGAGAGCAAAACUAGAUAUAUUCUUUAUUAUGCCACAGCUUCCUAAAAGGUUAUUAAAUACUAUCAACAGUACAAAUUAGAAAAAUCAUGCCUUCAUAAUUAACAAGUUGCCUAUAUUUAAGUUUAGCAGUACACCUAUGUCUGAGCUUUCUUUUUUCACAUUUAUAAGUCUUGGGUUUUCUGAAGUUUUAGAAAUCAGUUGUUCUCUAUCUGGAUCUACAAUUAGAUUAAAAUGAAAAGUUCUCAGUAAUAUUGUGUCUCAUAUGACUAAAGUACAUUAAUUUAUGUAACAAUUUUCCUGCUAAGAUUAUACAAAUUAUAAUGGAUGCAAAAUAUAUAAAAGUGUUUAAAUAUUCCAUGUUUAAGGAAAAUUAUUUUCAAUUUCUUUCUUUUGAAACAGAUAAAUGAAUUCGAAGAAAACAUAUUUCUUGGCAUACCCUUUGAGAUGAUAACAAUAGAUUCCUUAAUGCCCCCUGCUGGCCAUCUCAUUGUGAAUUUCUUGAAUUAUGGAAAUAGUAAAGAUUUUAAUUUUGGAAAUACAUUUUACUACAAUCAAAAGAAAAAUGGGCAUUUUUAGGGUUAUUCUUAGGUAAACAUUGAGGUAUUUCACUUGUGAUUUUUAGGCUCAAGAUCAGUGUGACCUCCUCUAAUAGGAUAUAUUUUACUACCAUGGAACUUCUGUGCUCAUUUUAGUGUACCUGGCUCCACUCCUCUGACCUAAAAUGGCUUAACUGUGACUGUCCUAUACUAGAAAGCAGUGGCUUGCGAGAAUGCACAGAUAAAGAGGCAUUCCAACUCAUAUAAAUGGCAGUGUAUUGGAGAUGAAUUAAGUCAAUUUUGUUUCUCUGACUCAGAAGAGAUAGGGGUCAGGAGAGUGCUGGUAUUGUGACUAGUGACGGCAGUUCAGUGCCAACAUUCAAAUCACACAAGGGAAUGGGUCUUGUAAAUCAUGUCUUUACUGAAGACAAUUUGAAAAAAUUGUAUGUUUCAAAUCUUGGAAUUGGACACACAAGGUAUGCCACUACAGGAAAGUGUGAAUUAGAAAAUUGUCAGCCCUUUGUUGUUGAAACGCUUCAUGGGAAGAUAGCUGUGGCACAUAAUGGUGAAUUGGUAAAUGCUGCUCGAUUAAGGAAAAAGCUUCUGCGUCAUGGUAUUGGUCUGUCCACAAGUUCUGAUAGUGAAAUGAUUACCCAGUUACUGGCGUAUACUCCUCCUCAGGAACAAGAUGACACCCCAGACUGGGUAGCAAGGAUUAAAAACUUGAUGAAGGAAGCACCCACAGCAUACUCCCUGCUUAUAAUGCACAGAGAUGUUAUUUAUGCAGUACGAGAUCCUUAUGGAAAUCGUCCAUUAUGCAUUGGUCGUCUUAUUCCAAUGUCUGAUAUAAAUGACAAAGAGAAAGAAACAGAAGGAUGGGUGGUGUCUUCAGAAUCUUGUAGCUUCUUGUCUAUUGGUGCAAGAUAUUACCGUGAAGUCUUACCUGGAGAAAUCGUGGAAAUAUCCAGACAUAAUGUCCAGACUCUUGAUAUCAUACCAAGAUCUGAAGGAAACCCAAUGGCUUUUUGUAUCUUUGAAUAUGUUUAUUUUGCAAGACCAGACAGUAUGUUUGAAGACCAAAUGGUUUAUACAGUAAGAUACCGUUGUGGCCAGCAGCUAGCAAUUGAAGCACCUGUGGAUGCAGAUUUGGUUAGCACUGUUCCAGAAUCUGCUACGCCUGCUGCUCUUGCUUAUGCAGCAAAGUGUGGACUUCCAUAUGUGGAGGUGCUGUGUAAAAACCGAUAUGUAGGGAGAACCUUCAUUCAGCCAAACAUGAGGUUAAGACAGCUUGGUGUUGCAAAAAAAUUUGGAGUAUUGUCAGACAACUUUAAAGGCAAAAGAAUUGUCCUUGUAGAUGAUUCAAUUGUGAGAGGCAAUACCAUCUCACCUAUAAUAAAACUGCUCAAAGAAUCUGGUGCAAAAGAGGUACACAUUCGAGUAGCUUCACCACCAGUUAAAUAUCCAUGCUUCAUGGGAAUAAACAUUCCUACAAAAGAAGAGCUCAUUGCCAAUAAACCAGAAUUUGAUCACCUUGCAGAAUAUCUAGGAGCAAACAGUGUUGUGUAUCUGUCAGUAGAAGGACUGGUUUCAUCUGUACAAGAAGGGAUAAAAUUUAAAAAACAAAAAGAGAAGAAGCACGACAUUAUGAUCCAAGAAAAUGGAAAUGGUGUGGAAUGUUUUGAAAGGAGCGGUCACUGUACAGCUUGUCUCACUGGAAAAUAUCCUGUAGAAUUGGAAUGGUAGCUGAUACGGUUGGAUGUGUUAUUUCAAUAUAGAAAGUUGGUCAAGAAGUUAUAGUGGUCACACCUCAUUUAUUUACUGUUACUCAGUUGGUACAAUGUAAAAUGCCAUGCUUAUGUUUACCUUUAUAAGUUUUGAGAUUUUUUUUUUCCGAAAAGGAUACCAAAGUGUGAUAACUGAACAUUUCUAAUGGCAUACAACAAUAUGUGGUGUUCUUUUUUUACACAAGCAUUGGCUAGCCUUUUUAACCAAGUCAGAGAAGGCAGGUAGUCACUGACAUUUGCCAAGUCCAUGCUUUAAAGGGUUUGCAAGAAGUUAGAGUUAAGAUAGGAGAGGUGACGCCAACAAGACAGGUGAGUUAAAUGUAACAUUUCACACAAAAUUUGAAUAGAAUACGUUAUACCUCAUAGGUGUCUAGCCUCUACAGUUCUGUCUGUAGUUAUGACCUUGACUUCCCUAACUGUAGACAUAUCUUUAAAAAAACUAACAAAAAAAACAAAAUAUAAGCUGUGGUGCCUCAGUUUCCCCACAUGUGCAAUGGGAUACUUAUAUUAUUAAAUUAAAUAGUCAAUAGAAAUGUGAAUAAGUGAGUAGAGCCAUCAUUUCACCUCUAAUUUUAGGGCAGCUCAUGCUUGUUAGUGUUUGAAAAGCUAAUAAUUAUUAACUUUUUUGAAACUGGUUUACAAUUAAGAUUUCAUUAUAAUGGAAGGAAACAUAAAUUGGCAGAUCUUUGCCAUCUCUCUUUGAGAUGUCCUAAAAAGGGUUGUAAAAAUCUGUGAAAAAGUUUUUCUUACAUUUGACUAGAAAAUGUGAUCCAUAGUAUUUAGUGCCCUGAUAGUAUAAGCUCAACAAGUAACCUGGUACAUUUGAAACAAAAACCAAAUUUUUAGAUUCAAACAAACCUUUUAUCCUUAAUUUAAUUAAUUAUCAUAUGCUUUUUUAAUGAAGUGCUUGAUCACUUGCAAGCAUAUAUACAUGUAGAUGUACACAUACAUAUUGUUGCAAUUGAGUGAUCAAGUAGAGACACAAUAGGGGCCAAUUUUGUUUAAGGGUCAAAGUGACAACCACUUUGGGAAAGUAUCAAUUUAUAAUCCAAGUCCAAGUAUCGUAAUCAUUUUUUUCUACUUUAUUAAGAUCUAAUGAAAUUGAUUUCUUUUUGGAACCUUUUUCUUGUAACAUCUGAGAUUUAGAAGUUUAAGAUGACUUGACCCCAAACUCCUGUUUAUAUAAGAACUUUUAAACAUAAAAGUGUUUGUUUCUGUUGUGUUACCACAAUUUGAUGUAUAUAGUGUCCAGAUCCAUUUAGAAAUUUAAUAUUUAUUAGUAACUGAAACUGUUUGUCUUCCUUUGGUAUAUAGUCUCACAUGUUAUAUUACAGCAGGCCAAGAUAAAAUCUUGACAGCUCUUUAAGCCCACGUGCAGCAGUGGGUCAGAUAACCCUGUGGCAGUGACACGGGCAAAUUGGCAUUUGAAUAAAGCCCUGGGACCACCUCAGCAUGUGUAGCCUCUUGUCUGAAAUGUAUUCCCCAUGGCAGCAUGGAGGAGGCAAGACCUGUGGGUCAAUCUUGAACUGGCCUUACUUUGAAUUUUAAAACAAGAGACUCAGGGAAAGUACUAAACCAAAAUCUCUGAUUUUACUUUUGUGUUUUCUGUAGUUUUUAUUUUAUUUUACUGAGAUGCUUUUGUAAAGGAAAAUAAUACUGGGACAGUUUGAUAAUUCUACAGAUUUCUUAAUAUUUCUCCAUCAUGGCCUUUUACUUCACAAUUUUCUGAAGUUUUUUUUGUUUUUUGUUUUUUACCAAUUUAAUUUCAAAUGUUUAACUGCUUUAAAUUUAUAUAAGUAGAGUAUUAUAAACUACAGAGAUGAAAAAUGUGUUUUCAUGGGAUUUAUAUUGUGAGCUAAACUAAGCCUACUUUUUGUGACUUCUUUGUGAUGCCUUGUGGACAAAUAUGUGUAAUAAGUAUGUUUAAAUAUACGUGUAUGCUUUUUUUUUCA